UCGCCGUUAAUAAUUAAUCGCGGGUUGCGCGGGGAUUGGAUCCGUGCGCGCCGAGCUGUUCCUGGGUGUUAACGGCAGAAGAUCGGGGAGGGCCGGAGUGAUUUGUCCCCGCCUCAAACACGUUCCCCGGUCCCGUUCCGAAUCAGAGACGCUGACACAGAGUAGCAGCCGCGAGCGCUGGCGAUACAUUGUUUCGCUCCGGCGCGGAUUAGAACGCGUUACAUUGUGACAUCGCGCCGCGCCGCGUCUGAUCCGAUGAUGGAGCGCUGGAAGGGGAGAGUCGCGCUGGUCACCGGGGCGUCCGUCGGGAUCGGAGCGGCUGUGGCUCGCGCUCUCGUCCAGCGCGGCAUGAAGGUGGUCGGCUGCGCGCGGAACGUGGACAAGAUCGAGAAGCUGGCAGCCGAGUGCCAGAGCGCGGGAUACAGCGGCACUCUGAUCCCGUACAAGUGUGAUCUGUGCAACGAGGAGGAGAUCCUGUCCAUGUUCUCGGCCAUCAAGACGCUGCAUCAGGGAGUGGACGUGUGCAUCAACAACGCUGGUCUGGCUCACAACGAGCCGCUGCUCAGCGGACGGACCGACGGCUGGAGGAAUAUGAUCGACGUCAACAUACUCGCUCUGGCCAUCUGCACGCGCGAGGCCUACCAGUCCAUGAAGGAGAGACACGUGGACGACGGACACAUCAUCAACAUCAACAGCAUGGGGGGUCACAGGAUGGUGCCCGGCGCUGACGAACACUUCUACUGCGCCACUAAAUACGCCGUGACCGCUAUGACAGAGGGACUGAGACAAGAGCUACGGGAGGCCAAAACACACAUCCGAGCCACGUGUAUAUCACCUGGAAUAGUGGAAACUGAAUUUGCCUUCCGGCACCACAACAGCGAUCCGGAGAGAGCCGCAGCCGUUUAUGAAAGUAUAAAGUGUUUGAAAGCUGAAGACAUCGCCAGUGCCGUCACAUACGUCCUGAGCGCUCCCGCUCAUGUUCAGAUCGGGGACGUUCAGAUGCGGCCGGUGGAGCAAGUGUCGUAGGAACGGACGGAGACGACACCCGCUGGCCAAAAACAUGUCUAACACCUUGUUUUAAAGAACUGAUUGAAGGGAAUUGGUUUGGGUUUGCAGAUGGGAUCGAGUGGGAUGCGUGGCUCGAUCUGACGCGGCGCUCGGACGCUCGGCAGCGAGCCGGAGAGCGAGUUUAACUCCGUUUAAAUUCUCUGCUGCCGCCUCAAACAUAAGGGGAAACGUUCAGGUUUUUCUAAAAACACACAACGCCGGAAACUGGAACAAAAGAAUGAAGAUUGAAUGCGUCUGAUACAGUCACGUGAGGCCGAUUGUACCGAGACCAGUACGCCAUGAAUUGCACAUCUUUUCUUUUUUUUUAGGUCAUAUUACAUAUCUGUUUUAAGAGUGUGACGAUGAGAAACAGUCGCUCGGUGCCGUUAAUUGCUGUAUUAAUUUUAUUCUAACUUGAAUUGCGUGUAGAUUUGGUUCUCGUGCAUACGACAUCUGCUGUUCUUAGAAGCCACGAAACGAAACCGGCGCGUGGUUUUUGUAAGAAAGAAAGCCGUUCGGCUGCAGUCACACUCCGAAGCAGAAACCCGGAUGAGAAAUGUUGGUUUUACGUUGAACUUUCACUGAAUGAAAGGUACUACACUGGCUUCUUUUAGAGGAAAACAAGUACGGGAAACACUGUAAUGAGGACUUGAAAAGAAAUAAUAGCAGAUAUAAUUAAUUCGUACUUAUUAACUGUGAUUUAUUAUGAUUAUCGAUUGACCUUUUUGCUCACCUCUGCAUCUCAAGAACAAUUCGAAACUUGAUUUCUUCGUGUUUCUUUACUAUUAAGGUUCUCAGAUUGCUAGCAUUUGGGAAGCUGCCCUUGAUUUCAGCAAUGGAGGCUCAAAUUAAAUUAUACAAAUAAAUCAAAUUAAAUAUUUGACCUUCACGAAACCUCUUUAGAACUUCGAGUUCGCAUUCACAAUAAAACUUAAGAUAUUUUGUGACAUUAUUUUCAUGACAAUUAAGAAGAUUCUAACUUCUUUAAUAAAAAAAAAACUGCACAUAAAUUGGGUAUUUAAAAAUAAUGGAUUUGCAUUUGCCAUUUUUCAGAUUUUAUUUUUUUUUUUUUAAAUAUAUACAUAAUUAUGCAUUCCCUUUUACACAAAUUCCCUUUUGUGUACAUUUAAAUUACAAAUAAUUUUAUUUAAACUUUCGUUUAAUUUGUCUAAUUACAAUAAUUUCAUUGAGAAAUAUGUGUGCUUUGUGACAUAAUUUCCCCCCAAUUCAAUUCAAUAAUUUAUUUAAGUAUUUAUAAAAUUAGAAAUAAUUCAUUUCUAAUAAAUGGCAACAAAUUAUUUAGUUUUGAAGUAUAUUAAAUUAUACUUCAUUAUCAAUACAUUAUAUAGUAUUUAAUAUUAAAAUUAAAUUACAUGAAUGCAUUACUUAAAGUGCUUAAUUGUAAUUAAAAUAAUGUCACAAUAAAAACAUCAUUAUUCGCCUAAAAAGAGUCGUACAUUUUCUUAUUUCUUUUGUUUUUAGGGUGAAAUGUAUAUGGGAUCUUAUCAUUUACAGCAGGUUGGGAACAAAGAACAAAGUCUCAAGGUAUUCUGAAACGUACCUGUCCUAAUGUAUAAAUCCACACCAACUCUUACCGACGUCAACAGUAUUUGGUUUGUAUAAUUUUAGCAUGAAUUAAUUCUGAAUUCGCAUGAAUGUCAGCUUUUAACGCUUAAGAAACUGAAGAUCUCCUGCUGUAAAGGAGAGCAAAGGGGCCAGUUGUUGAGCGCGUUGAGGGUGAAGUUCACUGCAUGGACCCUGAGCGAGGGUUUAUCUCGUGUUGGACUGCUGUUCAGUCACCAAGCCCAUAAAGGUUCAACCCAACACCUGCUAAUGAGAAUAAAAGCAUUAUGGGCGCAAA